AGGAUGUGUACGUGACUCUUUGGGAGAUGACGUAACGCGGAAGUGGCACGACCCUAUAAGGACACGGCUGAGCAGCGCUCCGGCAAGAAGACGCGGGUAGUCUCAGCGGUGAUAAGCUUCUCCCACUGUCUGUCUUUGGAACAACAGUAACAAUGGAUCGAGUGAGGGCUGCGUUUAACAGCGUGACUAAAAGUGAGCGCUACAGCAGGUUUACUCUGCAGCCGGCGGAGGAUGGAGAAAGACACGUUGAAGUCAAACUGUCAGAUGAUGCCACAGAGGUGGAGGACCAGGCAGGGGGAUCUCCCAGCUUCAGGCCAGCACCUCCGCAUAACAGCCGGAGGAUAGUUUGUUACCUGGCCCUGGGGACUGUGCUGAUAUUUGUCACCGGCUACGUGCUCGGUUACCUCAGCCAUCAUGGGACUCGGGUGGAGCAGGUAACGUGUGACACAGAGCUGGAAACAGAAGAUCCGCAGGACACGAUGUCAGCUGUUGUUGCACCAGCUCCAGAUGCACAGAUGGACUGGAAGGAUGUCACCCAGCUCCUCGCGCAGAAACUCACCAGCAAGGCCUUCAAAAAAACUCUGAGUGACUUUGAUCAUCCCAGCCGUUUUGCAGGAAGUGAUGGAGAUACGAGUCUGGGAAACCGCAUCUUUGACGAAUUCCAGAAACUGGAGAUGGAUCCCUGGACUGACAUCCACUACGUUCAGCUGCAGACACCAGACAGCAAGCGUCCAAACCGGGUCGUUUUUGGUUCAGAUAACUUCGCGCCUAAAGGGUAUCUGGCCUACAGUGCUACUGGGAAAGUUGAGGGUAAGCUGGUGUAUGGCAACUACGGCCGUCAGGAGGAUCUAGAUGAUCUGCAAAAGAUGGACAUUGAGAUGAAAGAUAGUGUGUUGCUGCUCCGAGCUGGAAACAUCACUUUUGCAGAGCAGGUGAAUAAUGCUGCCAAGAAGGGUGCUGUUGCUGUUUUAAUCUACCCUGACCGUCAAGAUUUCGACUAUGUUGCAGACACAGCACUCUAUGGGCAUGUCCAUUUGGGUUCAGGCGACCCCUACACCCCUGGAUUCCCCUCCUUCAACCACACCCAGUUCCCUCCAACGAAAUCGUCCGGACUCCCAAAAAUCCCAGCACAGACUAUCACUGCCAACAUGGCUUCAGCUCUUCUAAAGAACAUCGGAGGUCCUGAAGCUGGUGACAAAUUUAAAGGCGGCCUCCUGUCAGUGGAUUACAGACUGGGAGGCAGCAAGAACAUCUCUGUUGAGGUGAACAACGUGCUGGUCAACAGGGAGAUCCACAAUGUGUUUGGAGUCAUCAAAGGAUUCACUGAUCCUGAUCGCUACCUUGUACUGGGAGCUCAGAGAGACGCCUGGGGUAAAGGUUACGCCAAAGCCACCGUUGGGACCUCCGUGCUGAUUGAGCUGGCCAGGGCUUUUCACGAGAUGGUGGAGAAAGAUGGGUUCAGGCCCAGGAGAAGCCUGGUGUUUGCAAGCUGGAGCGCUGGAGAGUAUGGAAGUGUUGGCGCCACCGAGUGGUUGGAGGGUUAUAUGUCUAAUAUUGACAAACGUGUUAUCACCUACAUAAACCUGGAUGGAUUGGUCCUGGGUCGAGGAAGCUUUAUGGCUUCAGCUAGUCCGCUGCUCUACAGUCUCAUUGAGAGCACGAUGAAAGAGGUGAAGAGUCCAGUUGGUACUGGCACUGUGUACGAUAUGGUGGGAAAAACCAGCUGGACCAAAACACUGAGGCCGAUGUCAAUAGACGACCCCGCCUAUCCCUUCCUGGCCUUCUCUGGAAUUCCCUCCAUCUCUUUCCACUUCAUCUCUCCCAACGAUUUGACCUAUGAUUACUAUGGCACCAACCUGGACAACAUGGAUCACCUCAAUUACAAAACAAACCAGCGCACCAGUGAAAUGGUGGCCGUGGCGGCACAGUUUGCCGGCCAGAUGGCUAUGCGGCUAGUCCACGAUCACCUGCUCAACCUGGAUAUAGGUCGAUACAGCGGCAUCCUCACCAAGGCUGUGUUCCAGGUCUACAAACACGUCAGUCAGCUCUCACAGUCUGGUCAGCUGAAGGAAGUCGAUCCCAACUGGCUGAACCGUGCACGCGGCUCCUUCCAACGUGCUGCAAGCGGCAUCAAGAAUGACAUCAUCAACACCGACUUGAAUGACAAGGAGGCCUGUCGCAUCCUCAACGACAGGAUCAUGAGUGUUGAGCACGGCCUCCUCUCUCCAUACGUGUCCCCCGUUGAGACUCCCUUCCGUCACCUCCUGCUGGGUCAGGGCUCCCACACUUUGGCAUCCAUCGCCACAGCCACCGAUCCGGAUCAUCUCCACACUCAGCUGGCCCUGGCCACCUGGAACCUGCAGGGCUGUGCCCACGCCAUGGUGGGAAACAUCUGGGACAUCGAUGAAGCGAUCUAAAGAAGGAGGGCAGAGAGUUGUGAGAUGUUGAGUGUGUGUGUUGUUCAAGAUGAAAUCUGAGGUAGAGCAGAGGGAGGAGCUCCAAUAUCAGCACUUAAGCACAAGCUGUCAAUCAGAAGUUUAAGCCUCACCCUUUAAAAACAGGAUCCUUAUCAGUUUUAUGGGGGGGGGAUUAAAGUCUUACAAACAUCACAAAUGUCCAGGAGGAGACAGAAAAGUACAGAUCACAUUCUUAAAAGCUGUGAACCAUCAUCAGAUACUUGAAGAAAUAUUAAAGCUACUGACAGACCUGCCUCCUCUCCUCCUGGCUCCACAUAGAACCAGUCAAAAUCUUUGCUGUUACCUCUCGCCAUCAAAACACUGAGAAACCUUAUUUGUACUUAAGUUUUUUUUAUCAGUGGCAGUGCCCACUAUAAAUAUAUUGUUUGUCUUUUUAUAUGACGUUAUCGGAAGCAGUGCCUUCCAUAAUUAUGACGGUUAUACUGUCGAAUCCUCCGGCAGCAUCUGCUACACAAAUGUCUCCUCAACUGUUGCUGACAAAAUGGAGCCCCUGAUAAAGUUACAUUUAGUUGUUAUUAUGGCCUUCAUUUCUUCGUCUUUCUGUGGAGGUUUUUCUAAAAUGAUUUCAUGAGAAAGUGGUAUACAUCAGUGGUUAUUCACAUAGCCAUAAAAAUGUUUAUUUAAAAUGCAUUUAAAAGGAGAAAUGAAGGAAAGAAAAGAGUUUUUCCUGAUGAUACAGCAUCAGAUGUAUUUGACUUCAUCUGGCUAAGAGCAGGGAGAAAAUGACACACUCUGGAUUAGGGCUGCAACCAACAUUUAUUUUCAUUAUCAGUUAAUCAGCAGAUUAUUUUCUAGAUCAAUCCAGGGUUCCCACAGUCAUUGAAUUCCAGGAGAAGUUAUGAAAUUGGAAAAACUGUUUUGAAAAAGUCUGAAUACACAUUGUUUUGUAUUGUUAUAAAUAUGCUCAUAAAAAUCCCAAAACAUGUCCAACGUCGUUCCAAAUACGUUUCUUGCAUUAGUAAUUUAAAUAUCUAGUUCUGCACUGUGUGACCACUGACACGUCACUCGUAUCGCGUGAUACACAUACGUCAGACCAACACUGCGUCAUCACUAAGGCCACACCCCCUUUUGGGGGAAAGAAACUUGCUGCUCAGGAGAGAAACAGGAAAAUGUCAGAAAGCUGUUGUGUAGUCUGUAGCUUUCACACUGAGAUCUGAAGCACCUAAAAUCUGUAAAUACUCACUGUCAGUGUGGUAAAUCUCUAAAUGAUGCAUGUAACUGUUACUACUGAUGGAUAGCUAUCAUUAGCCUGAGUGGGAGGCUGCUGCAUUACAGCAGCAUCAGCGUGUCAUCUCCAGCUAACUGUCUGUUAUGGUGAAACAGUUGGCUGUUAACACGUUAUUUACAGACAGCAAUUGGCCCGAAGAUACCUGUUGAGUCAAUCAGAUAUCAUAGGUAUCGUGUCACACUGUGUUGGGUCAUUGAUCCACUUGGACGGAGGAAGCCUGACGGGACAUGAUGGCAAUCAGCUUCAAUGUUAAGGUACCCCAAACGCUCAGGUUCAGGCAAAGUUGUAAAAUAAUUAUCGGACAUGUCCAUGAAACGUUUGUUUAACAAUAAAUAAAAGCAUAUAGUCAUGUCAAAAGUAUAUCCAAACACACAUUAAAUUUCUUAAUCAUCAGAGUCUUCAGUUUUCUAUCCCCCAAAAGCAGUGCAGCCUUGAUGUUUGCGAAGAACCCGUAAGUGCUGGUCUGGUCUAAUGGGAACGUCUAAUGAGCAAGUAAAGUUUGUUCGUGCUAGCUGUUGCACAUCUGCAAAUGCCUGGGAAAUGCAUGUUUGAUAAUGAAUGGCUGUAUUGCUAUAGACCUGCCCAUUUAAACUACUGAAAUGAAGUCAUGGAAAUGGGGUAAAAUAUUAUUUAAAAAGUAUUGAUAUUUCAUUGGCAAAAAUGUGUGGGAACCCUGUUAAUCAGUGAAUCGUUUGGUCUAUAAAAUGUCAAAAUAUUGUUUUAAAAAAACACAUCCAUCCCAGUUGCUCAAAGUCCAAUGUGAUGUCUUUGGAUGUUUUAUUCAGUCAGUCCAAAACCCAAAGAUAUACAGUUUAAUAUGAUUAAAAAGGCAAAAUUCUUGCAUGAAAAUUUACUUAAACAGUUAAUCCGUUAGCAAAAUAGGUGUUGAUUGACUAUUCGACUAAUUGUUUGCAGCUCUACUCUGGAUUAUUUUGAUGUUGUUGUUAUUAUUAUUAUUAUUAUUAUUAUUAUUAUUAUUAUUAUUAUUUAUGUAUCAACAAGCCCAGAGAUAAAUUAAGACUAUUUAUUCUUGUUGAUUAAUGCUAAAUUUAAAAAAAAAAAAAAAAAGAUUGCACGAAAGCCAAAACAUUAUCAACCUCCCCCUUUUUUUUACUGCAACAACUGAGCUGAUUGGUUCCAUAAUUUGCAAGAAAACCAUUUAUGUUGCACAGUCAACUUUGGAGCACUUAUUAAUACGAUAAAGUUAUCGGGAGCAGUGCCUUCCAUACUUAAAACCCAUUAUCGGGAGCAGUGUCUCCCAUAAUGAAAAACAGUGACGGUAGAUUUUGCCUACCAGCGUGUGUGAUCGUGUGUGAGUUUUACAUGUGUAUUUAUCGAGAGCAGUGUCUCUCAUAUUUCACUGAAGGGUGGAACAACUUAUCGGGGACAGUGUUUCCCAGAGUUUUAUACUUUAUGUAUUUAUUUGUGUUGUCUUUUAAUUUUGGAUUAUGUGCGAGUGUGCUUUUUCUUUUUUUUUUGGGUUCAUUUUUGCUCACAGUUCUGCGUCACGUUACGACCGUCCUGCAGCAGAGUUGUGUUAGAUGUUUGAUUUGCUUUGCAACCAAACAAGCAGGUCAAUACACAAACACUGAAUAUUGAAAUGCACUGUAUUCUUUGUAGUUGGUAACAAACCUGGUCUGUCGGCCUGGAAACCUCAUGUGUUUCUUUGUGCUAGUGACCUAAAAGCUGCAACAGAUGCUGAACCUUUUGUAUGAUUCCACGCCACAAGCCACAGCUCUCUUUGCAUGUGCAUCAGUGACAUAUAUCAUAUAUCAGUGACAUAUUUCCUCUUAACUGCACCAUACUGUAUUGCUUUCAUGAGGUGUAGCUCAGCAGACACGGACCAUACUACAAACUUUUCAUAUUAUUAGGGUUCAGCCAAUAUGUUCUGUUUUUAUUUUAGAUUCAAAACCAGAUUUUGUUUGUUGUCGGAGCUGCUGAUAGAUAUUAAGUUUACUGUUUUCUUCCUACAAAAGUUUGUCAGUGGGUUUCAAAGAAUAUUGUCAGGCCUCUCUAACGGCAAAAAGAGGAAUUUCACAGAAGCAGCUGGAACGUGUUGAAUCUGAAUACACUUAUUAGUGAGUACAAACAUGUUAAAAGAACAUUAUCAGCCACUCAAACCCAUUUAUAUGUACAACUACAUUGAAAUCCUUUGUUUAUCUUAACAUGCACUGGAGCAAUAGUUCAUUUUAUUACAUGUUUGAAUCUUUUUUUUUUUUUGUUUCUUGGUGUCAUUUCUGUUGAGCUUUAAACUGUUGUAGUCCAUUUUUCUUUUCCCAUGAGCAGUUACAAGAAUUAAAAGAACGGUUACUUCUUCCUGAGGGGGGGAUGCUUGGUGGUUAGGAAAUGGCUUUUCCGCUCACACUGUUUAACCUUCACUGUAGUGUUUCAAAACCUGUUACUGAAAUCAUAUUUCUGUGAUCUUCAUGUCCAGCAGAAAAGUGUAAUAAACUCUUUUGGCUUAGCAUCCAGUAAA